UCAUGAGAAUUCAAUGACAAACAAUACAAUUCAAUUCAAUUCAAGGGGCUUUAUUGGCAUGGGAAACAUGUGUUAACAUUGCCAAAGCAAAUGAUACAUUUAACUCAUUGAGCAACUUCUGAUUCCUGUUUCACUACCAAAACAAUGAUUGUUACUUACAUGGUGCAACCUGUUAUUUUACGAAUGUUUUCUAGCUGAAUAACUUUUUCAAGUUGUGUUUAUUGCAUUAUUACUACUUGUUUAAAAUAUACUAAAUUGUCUGUUAAAACGACCUAAUUUGCUACACGUACCACACGUAGCCUACCUACAGACAUGCUGCCUCUGUAUUUUCGGAGUAGUCACGCCUCCUUUCUUCGAUUCACAGCGCACAGAUUUCAACUGGUUCCACCCCCCAUUUCCCGCGUAAUUCCCCUCCUUGUAUGGGCAAUAGAAUGCAGACGCAGUCAAAACUACAGUUCCGUAUGCAAAUUGAUUUGAUUGAAGAAAAUCAGAAAAUGGUGGCGUUGCCAAACGCGCAUGCGUAAACAUCUCGAAUACUCCUAGGGAGUCUUCGCGUCCUCGCUUCCUUCUCAAAACCCAUUGGAUCAGAGAGCCAGAGGUCUCGCCCCUCUGACAUUUUCCUCCAAUGGGUUUUGAAAACAAGUUGAGAGAGGACGCGAGCUAAAAGAAUUGAGAUUCUCCCCCAGACACGCAAGUAAAACGGCAACAUCCGAACGGUGUGGACGUUAAUGGUGUAUUCAGUGUUACAUGAGUUUAAAUAGCUUACUAACGACGUUUUUUAUAACUAUUAUAACUCAUUCAUCAUUGACUAUAAAUAAAGAUGUUUGGCUUCCACAAGCCCAAGAUGUACCGGAGCCUAGAUGGUUGCUGUAUCUGUCGGGCCAAGUCUUCCAGCUCCCGCUUCACCGACAGCAAGCGCUACGAGAGGGACUUUCACAGCUGUUUCGGGCUGAGUGAGGUGCGUUUUGGGGAGAUCUGUAAUGCCUGUGUUCUCCUGGUGAAAAGGUGGAAGAAACUCCCAGCCGGAUCCAUAAAGAACUGGAAUCAUGUUGUUGAUGCUAAAGGUUCAGGGUCAAGCUGGAAGACGACAGUGAGGUCCAAGAAGAUGAAGAGAGCCAGGCCAAGCCAGAUCAGCCGAGUGCAGAAGGAGCUCAAGAGACACAACUCUGACGCCCACAGCACCACCUCCAGUGCCUCCCCCGCCCAUUCUCCAAGCUACAGCAACCAAUCAGACGAGGGCUCGGACGUGGAACUCUCACCAGGUGCCACCCACUCACCAGUCUUCUCUUUCCUGGACCUCACCUACUGGAAAAGGCAGAAGGUGUGCUGUGGCAUCAUCUACAAGGGACGCUUCGGAGAGGUCCUCUUAGACCCCCACCUCUACAAGCCCUGCUGCCAGAAGAUACGGCAGCACCAGCCAAAAGAGGAAGGAGAGGAGGAAGCACAGGCGAGCAGAGCGAACGUGAUGCGCCACGCCCCACCGAACAGCCCCCCGCCCCCCCAGGUUAAAGACGAUUAGGGGAGGGGAAGGAAGAGUGGGGAUUUGAUGUCAUAAUGUCACAUGACACUCUAAAGAAGUCAGAUGGGUACCGUUGGGAUUUGAUGAUGUCCUGGAGCAGCUGGACUACUUAUCAAAUGCUGUGUUCUGUACCCGGAUGCAGUGAGGUUUGUUCUAUUAUAUCUGUUAACAAAUAUUGAUUCUUUCUCUCUGAGUGCUAUGAGAUUGUGAAUAUUCACAAUUUGUUCUCAAUAUGAAAUGCUGGAUUCACAAACGCUGUAUGAGAAAUGGAGACCUCUGGAACUGUACAUUUUGUAGUAGGAUAGAGCCAUAUCCAUUAGGAUAGAGCCAUAUCCAUUAGGAUAGAGCCAUAUCCAUUAGGAUAGAAAACAGCCUUCCACACUGCCUUCUCCUGUCUUGUACCUCACACAUAUGUGCGCGCAAACACACACACCUCGGCCCUGGUCCCUUCCUGAAAGGAUGCAUUCUCUUUUUUUCUCUCUAUUCUUUCCCUUACGCCACAUGGUCACUGAUCAGACACCUAAUAUUGUUAGGGUAAAGCUGUAGAAAAUGCCAUUUGACAAAUUAUGUCAGAGGUUUGAAAAGUGGGAAGAAAUGAUGCAAUUUUAAAGAGUUUGUCCAGAGCCUUAUUCUUCUGUAAAGGGACACGUGUACACAACCAAUGUCAUAUCCACCCUUGAUUGUGCGCCAGGUGUACUCUGUUGAGGUAUUGAUACUAUACUCUUUCCAGUGCACGUUUAUUAUGUAAGGCCAGUGAUCUUGUUCAGUGUCUUUGGAUGUACGUACAGAGCAUAUUCAAACGUUUGAGGGAGCCUGUAGUGUGCCCUCUAAGCAGUGAUCCUGAUGCAAGUGCUCUCGAUCGCCAGUCCUCACCUGACCCAAUAUAAGCUAAAACCCACAAACUGACCUUGGAGCAGCACUUUGAGCACUUCCUAUCUCAGUCUACGGACAGUUUCAUUUAGAUUCCUAGCCCCUUAGAGCAUAUCUGAAGGUGAUGGUAUAGUGGACAUUUUAUUUAUUCCUUUCAAAUCUCUGAACACACAGGGUUCUGGGAAGGGGCUAAGAUGCUGAAUGGAACUAGGCCUAUGAUGUCAAAAGACGAGCUGAUUGGGCCAACCAAAAAGAUUCCCUGGUUCUCCUAUUGAGAGAUUUGAUGCCUUGUAAUUGUACUUUAGGUUUGACGCUUUCCAAGAACUGUUCAAGUCCUGCAGGACUCUGUUGUACAAAUCCAUCUACAUCUUUAGCAUGAUGACCUUAGGGGUGAAAUAAUAACACUAUUUUUGUCUGUCACUUUGCCUCUGUUUGGUGCAAAAUACUGUACAGUUCUGAAUAUAUUUUUAAAUGGACAAGACUACAACGUAGUGAAUAGGCCACCAACAUUUAGUUCUUAGUACAUGUCCCAAAACUGUCAUGGCUGGUUCUAUACAAUUGUCAGUACAAGGUAACUGUAAUCUAAACCCCUCCCUCAUCCCUCAUGUAGGCUACUUCUGUCUUCACUUUUAUUUCAAGAAAUGUGUUUUCUUGUUCUGUACCUCAUGCAUAUUCACUACUGUUCAUAUCAUUUAAAUGUUAUUCAAAACACGGUAAGAUUUAUUUGACACUGACAUUGUCUUAGCAUUUUAUUCUACAGUGAAAUAGACUCAAGCCUGUAUUUACAUUGCAUCCCGGGGGGGGGGGGGGGUGUAUUGCAGAGCUCUGUCAAUGCAUGUGUGCAGCCUAAUUGUGGACAUUCAGUCAAUGUAUCUGGAUGUGCAAGCUCACAUGCCAAAUGAAUGCAAACUCAUUAUUCCGUAAGCUAUCAUGUUCAAUAUACAGUAUUUUAUUCUCUGCUUAUGGUUAAUAUUAGCACUGAGUGUACAAAACACUUCCUAUUUCCAUGACACAGACAGACCAGGUCAAUGCUAUGACCCCUAAAUGAUGUCAUCUGUUAAAUCCACUUCAAUCAGUGUAGAAGAAGGGGAGGAGACAGGUUAAAUAAGGAUUUUUAAGACUAGAGACAAUUGAAACAUGGAUUGGGUAUGUGUGCCAUUCAGGGAGUGAAUGGGCAAGGCAAAAUAUUUAAGUGCCUUUGAACGGGAUAUGGUAGUAGGUUUGAGUGUCAAGAACUGCAACGCUGCUGGGUUUAUCACGCUCACCCGUUUCCCGUGUGUAUCAAGAAUGGUCAUCCAGCCAACUUGACACAACUGUGCGAAACAUUGGGAGUCAACAUGGGCCAGCAUCCCUGUGGAACGCUUUCGACACCUUGUAGAGUCCAUGCCCUGACGAAUUGAGGCUGUUCUGAGGGCAAAAGGAGCAACUCAAUAUUAGGAAGGCGUUCCUAAUGGUUUCUACACUCAGUGUAUGACCACAGCUAUUUCAACAUACAGAUUGGUCACCAUGGUUUGAUCAAAGCUUUACGACGCAAUCCUAUUAGUAAUGUAUUUAUGUAUAAAGGCAUCAGACAUGGACUCAAGUUUGUUUAAUGUUCCUUUAAUCUUCAGGAUUGAUUGAAUGUUAGGGGAAGUGGUCAUUUCUCUUUGUUAAUUUAUUUGUAUGUGUUAUCAUUUUUUGGAUAUUGUUGACUAUUUUUAUUACUUUCUCCUGUAACCUACCAUAACCUUUGUUCUAUUAAAGUUCAGGGGGCUUGUACUAUUGAAUUCACAUUAUGUAAAUGUUGCCAUAUACUGUGAUAUGGAUUGUAUAAAAACUAUAUUACUCAUAGCUUGGUUUAUGUAAACUAACUAGGCGUAAUUCUCCUGAGAUCUCCUAUAUGGCUGUAGAAUGUGCUUAUUUUAUGUGGUAGUGCUACUCACAUGUGGUAGAUAUGCACUGUUAUUUAUCUGUCUUGGAAAGUCCCAAUUCUUUCUCAAAACGAAUUUUGUAUUUUUAUACACCAUUUAAACUUGUUCAUUAAAUGUAGUUUUGCUUUUGA